AUGAAGGUGAACGUGGACGUGGCCUCGGAGCGCCUGGUCUGUGGAGCCACCUUGGCGCGGGAUGAGAAGGAGCCCGAGGAGGUCUUUCAGGCGGCCGCCGAGCUCUUGCAGGACGCCGAGCCGUGUCUGUUGUUGCUGGCCUUAGAGGGUCUCUGCUCCGGUGACAGCUCUGAGUGGGCGAUGGUGGCCUGGACGCCCGAUGCAUCCCCCGUGAAGCUUCGGAUGCUUUGUGCUUCCUCCCGCAGGACGUUGCGGGAGGAGUUUCCUCACCUCAUUCUCAAGGAGUACAACGCCAGCGAGCGCCAAGAGGUGUCGUUGGCGCAGUACCUGGAGUUCACAAGGGGCAAGACGGACCAAGACCGGCACGACGCGAUGACCCAGGAUGAGAUCGAGCAGGAGGAGGUACGGAAGCAGGUGGCCAAGGAGCAAGCGGCGGCGCCUAAGAUGCUGCCGGGAUUGGUGGCCCUGCAGGUGAAGCUUAUGGACUCCUUCGUGGAGUCCAUGAAGCAGUUCGUGGAGAAGUCGGAAGGGUUUGCCGUCCUCGCCAAGCUAGAGAACGAGGAGAUCGCCGGAGAGCUCCUGGAGGCUGAGAAGGUGUCGGCCCUGAAGGGCCGGCUGCCCUCUCAGCCUUGCUUCGUGGCGCUGCCGGCGCCGGGCGGAGCCGAAGGCAAGUUGCUGUUCAUCACCUGGUUGCCGGAAGGAGCAAACCCACGGCAGAAGAUGAAGAUCUCAGCCUUCAAGGAGUCCGUCCGCGAGCACAUCCGCAGCUUCACAGACCUCGAUAUCGUGGCGGCAGUGGCUGCCGACGAUGACGAUCUCGCAGACGAUUUGGGGGCGGAGGCGCCGGCGGCGGUGCCGCAGCCGCAGCCGGUGUCGCCAGCCAGGCCAAAGCUGCCAGGCGCGGUGGCGCUCCCGGGCAUGGGCGUUGCCCUGCCGCAAGCUCCUCCCAGGGAAGGCUACGAGCCGAAGUCGUCAUCACCGCUGUUUCAAGCGCAAGAGACCGCGGCGGAACCCGUCUUUGCAAAGUCGGCGGCACCCGCUGUGAUCCCUCUGCCGGCGGAGCUUCUGAAGCCGUUGGGCCCGGACAGCGUGCCGACUCUGCCGCCCUCGGUCCCAAUGCCGCAGGCGACUGCGAGCCCGCCCACCAGCCCCGUGGCAGAGAUCUCCGAGUUCCUUAGCCUCGCUGAGCUGCAAGACGCCGCCGUUUGGAAGGAUCGCAACGUGGUGGCCACCGAGCGAGAGCGCUACCUGCCGGAGGAUGUCUUCCAAUCAUUGUUCGGCAUGGACAAGGAGGCCUUUGCAAAGCUUCCAAAAUGGAAGAAGGACAACAAGAAGAAGGCCGUGGGAUUGAAAUAG